UAGGGAAGGCGGAAAUGCCCCAUGAUUCCCCCGAAAGUUCCAUCAGUCGAUGGUGCGCAAACCUUGGCGUGAUUAACUUCCAGAAAUAAAUACCAAGUUGGGCGUUUUAUGACGGAUCUUUUGGUGCAUUGGGACACAAGGCAUUAAAGAUGUCGGGGCCUUCACACAAACAUCGUUACAAGAAUUCUGGACUAGACUCACGAGAGUUACGAAGAAGACGUGAAGAGGAAGGAGUUCAACUCCGUAAACAGAAAAGGGAAGAACAGCUUUUCAAGCGCAGAAAUGUUAACUUGCCAGAGUUGCCUGACGAUGAUAGGCCAAAACAAGAUGAUUCUGCAUCUCUUAACAAAAUAUCGAAAGAUAUGAUUGAAGCUCUAUAUAGUGAAAAUGUAGAACUUCAGCUCUCUGCUACUCAGAAAUUCCGCAAGCUUCUCUCACGUGAACCUAACCCGCCAAUUGAUGAGGUUAUCCAAACUGGAAUUCUUCCUCGCUUUGUUACAUUUUUACAAAGUGUUGGCAACCUAACUUUACAGUUUGAAGCAGCCUGGGCCUUGACCAACAUUGCCUCAGGAACUUCAGUUCAGACUAGAAUGGUAAUUGAUGCUGGAGCUGUUCCAAUAUUUAUUCAUCUUCUUAGUUCUGCUAGUGAAGAUGUUCAGGAGCAGGCUGUUUGGGCUCUUGGCAACAUUGCAGGAGACUCGCCCGAUUGUCGUGAUUAUGUUCUUAACUGUGGAGUCCUUGUUCCUCUUUUACAACUUCUUACUAAGUCAACCAAGACAACCAUGUUGCGAAAUGCAGUUUGGGCUCUGUCAAAUUUGUGUCGUGGCAAAAACCCUCCUCCAGACUUUAAGAAAGUAGCCCCAUGCCUUCCGGUUCUAUCACAUCUCCUAUUCAAAGAGGACCCUGAUGUGCUGGCUGAUGCUUGCUGGGCGUUAUCUUACCUGUCAGAUGGCCCCAAUGACAAAAUUCAGGCUGUAAUUGAAUCUGGCGUUUGUCGUAGGCUUGUAGAGCUGCUCAUGCACAAUCAAGAUAAUGUAAUUUCAGCUGCUCUGCGAGCUGUGGGCAAUAUUGUGACUGGAGAUGAUGUUCAGACUCAAGUCAUUCUCAAUUGUUCCGCUUUGCCUUGUCUUCUGAACCUGCUAGGGUCAAACAAAGAGGCAGUAAGGAAAGAAGCAUGUUGGACAAUAUCAAACAUAACUGCAGGAAAUAGACAUCAAAUCCAGGCUGUCAUUGAUGCAAACAUCUUCCCUGCCAUUAUUGACAUUCUUGGGAAAGCAGAUUUUAAGACACGCAAGGAAGCAGCUUGGGUAGUGACAAAUUCAACUUCAGGGGGUAGUCCUGAGCAAGUUCGGUAUCUUGUAAGUCAGGGCUGCAUUCCCCCACUAUGUGAGCUACUGACGGUCAUGGAUGCCAAGGUUGUGCAAGUUGCCCUGAAUGGACUAGAGAAUUUGCUGAGAAUAGGUGAACAAGAUGCCAGAGCUGCUGGGGUUGGAGGUGUUAACUUGAUGGCUGUUUCAAUCGAGGAGUGCUAUGGGCUGGACAAAAUAGAGUUCUUGCAGUCCCAUGAGAACUCAGAAAUCUACCAGAAGGCUUUCCACAUUAUAGAAGAGUUCUUUGGUUCAGAAGAAGAAGAUGCCCGUGUUGCACCUUCUGUGGAUGCAGAAGGAGGCCAGUACCAGUUCACAGACCAGAGUGUCCCAAUGGGAGGUUUUCAGUUUUGAACUUUGAAUGCUGAGUCUAUUUCUUCUCAUCCAAUGCAAAACUAAUUUAAUUGUUAUAUAGCAAAGUUGUUUUACAGUACAUCAAAUUUUGCCAUCUGCUUUUGUGAAUUUUGUUCACUUCUGUAGAAAUGGUUGAAAUCAAAUUUUUAAUUUACAUGUUGUUUUUGGGAAGUUCAGAUUCUAAUUCCGUUUGCCACUCUGCCAUCCUGUGUGGACAUUGGUUGAAGUAGAGUAUGAUAUGUUGCUGUUUUCUGCAUUUUAGAUUUAAUACCAACUGUCUUUCUAAUACAAAUGAAGGCACAGUAGAUUUAUCUAAAGUUCAAAGAUUUGGAGUGUGAAACAUUUUUCUUGCGUUUAAUGUGUUUUGCAGUGAUGUCACAACAAGGGUUAUAGUAAUAUACUUCUAGUAACUUAAUAUGUAUUUUGACAGGGUGUCCAGAUACAAAGUAGCAAUUGUCAUCAUUUCUAAAAGUGAAACUGGGUGUAUUGUGAUAAAGUCCUUUAAAGUCCAUGGAACCAGUAAUAUUUUAUCAUAACACUUAUUAUGCUCUCUUCUCCAUUAAUGUUGGUUCUAUGGUAUGUUUUAAUGAGAGUAAAGUGCUUAUAUUCCUUUGCAAUACUAUCCAGUUGAUGAAAAAAAAUUGACCUAGACACCCUAUUUGAGGUAGUGUGGUCUCUUAUUUUGUCUCCUCCCUUUUCACACAAAUCCUGUUUUGAAAUUAUUAACUUGUUGUUUUUGUAUUCUUAAGGUCAUAUUGUUGUGACUAAUUUCCAUGUAUAAGACUUUGACGGACAGUAAAUGACAUUCUGACGCUUUACUUUUCACAGUAUUAACUGCUUAGUUGUGAUUACCUUGUGCCAAGUGAUAGUCCUCUGCAUAAUCAGAACUACUAUUCCCUCCUGACACUGUUUCUUUUUCAAAACAAUUCUGUACCUGUGGCCAAUACAGCUGCCUACAUGACAAGCUUUUCAUGAGCAAGGGUAUAACAUUCACUGAUGGUUCUGAAUUGAUUUGCAAGUUUUUGGAAAGAUACAAACACAUUUCAGAGGAAGCAGUCCUUUUUAUCAACGGUUGUUGGGUAAAGAAAAAAAUUCUUUGAUUACCUAUUACUUUAUAUUUUCAGUAAUAAAAGCCAGAUGUGUUCAUUUAGAACAAUAGCUCAUAAAACGGUAAAAAAACCCACCAUAAACAUGAAACUAAUUUUUUUAUGGACUCCUAUUAAUUAUGAAUGCAGUGGUGCCCACAACAGAGUCGUCACCUUUUGAAAAUAUUUUGUCUGUGGUGCCAUUUCUUUGCAUUUUGCUUUUUCAUGAUAACUUGUUUUGAAGUGAGGGAAAUCUAGUUUUAAUGUCAGAGGAGUUAAAUUUUUAGGAAGGAAACCCCGUUUUGCUCCCUCUUUUAUGGUUUUUGAGAUGUGUUGAAUGUAUUUUUGUGAAAAGUUGCAUUUAUAAAAUGUGAGAGAGUCACUUUUUCAGAGUUCAGGCGUCUGUCAGAAUGAAAAUUUAGCAUAACAUGUAUUCUUUUAUGACAGUAGUAUCCCUAAAGUUAAGUAACACCAGCAUCAAGGUUACUUAUCUUGAAUCCCGAAUCAAGUGCAAUCAAACGAAAUUUUGGUACCUGACAAAUAUGUAGUUAUUUAUAAAGGAGAAAUGUUCAGAAAUCAUUUUUGCCUUCACAUAUAUAAAUAAAAAUUUGGCACAUCGUGACAAUCGAGACUGUUUCGGUGUGUAAACUUUUGUGAGAGGACUGGUAGUACUGGUAAUGUUUGUAUUUUAUUUGGAGUUGUCAACCUCAAGGUAAGUUGAAGGAUCAUUAUAUUUGAUUGACUACUUGUUUGAUUGUUUUUUUUUUCUUUUAUAUGGGUUUUCCUCUAAUAUGAUCUUUCUGAAUUCUUGUAUCUAAUCCAAAGGUCAUUUAUUUUUUUGUACUCACUGCGUGCUUCACCAAGAUUUGACUGGAAGUAUUGCCACGAUGACUGUUGACCCUGUUACACUGUGCCUCAGAAUGAUAAGUGGUUUACGGUGAACUUUAAUGAAAGAGGCCCACAUUUUGUUGUGGUGCGUGUUUGAAAUAGGUGCAAUGUUUUCUAACUUUAAUACUUUAUCAUUUGUAUGUGAGACUUAUGAUUACACUGUAAGCAGCAAACUGAGCAAGAUCUGUACACAUUUAUGCAUAAAUGUACAUUAUUAACUUUUCAUUUCCUGCCUAGAUCUUUUUUUAAUUGUGGAUAUCCUUAGGCAGACAAGUGUCUGCCUCAUUUUGCUGUAGAUCUUAAUAAUUAUGAAAUCUGUGAUAUGGCUCUCAAGCAGCUGGAUAAUAGCUUUGAUUAAAAGUUUUGUUCCUCAAGUGCUUCACUGGGAAGAGGCUGGCAACAUUAUAGAAAAAUUGUAAUUAGCUGAAAAGGCACACCUGUAAAUACUUUCUUGAAUUGGGAUUUUGCAAAAGUAGAUAUGGCACAUUUGGAUAAUACUUUCUAAGUACUCUUGUCUUUUUUUGUGCUGCUUAUUAAAUCUGGCAAACUAGGACUGUGACAUGAAACAUGACUCACUGAUUACCCCAUUGGUUCUCCCCCCUCCCCCUUGAACGACUACUUUUUUAAAAUGAUUUUUGUGUAUAGUUCUUAACUGUGUAGCCUUCAGAGCCAUUAUUAGCACACUAGCAUUAAGAUCUAAACUGUUGUUGUCUUGCUUGGGAUGCUUCCCCAGAAAGAAAUGUACUCUAGUGGUAUUUUGCUGUUUCACAUGCAAGAGCCCCUUGAGCAAGUAUUGGUAACAACGUUAUCAUAUCUUAUUGUACCAUAACCAUGUACUUUGAUAGGAUAUCCUUGUGUUUUGAAGAAAAAAUAUUGCUUUGUAAUGUAUCUGUAAGCCAAAAAUAUUGACCUUGUGACAAAGCAUUCUACAAUUAGCACAUAGAUAAUAAAUAACAAUCCUAGUCACAGCUUCA